UCAAGUAAUUACAUAGUUUUUUUUUUCACUCGUUCAGAUUUGCGUGUUGACAAAGAAAAUCGGAUUGAAAAACUCCAUUUAAUUAAAGAAAAAAAAUCAUAGUGUAAAAAAUCAUGGCUUCUAUUGGACGAUUCAUUGGAAAUUGUGUUGUAUCGAACAAUAUUAAAUCAGUUCGUUCAUUACCAACACUGUGUACAAGAGCUUAUUCGACAAAUCCUGAUGAAAUUUCAAAGGAAACUCACACUGGCCAGUCAUUCGAAACAGACGACUAUCGAAAUGUUCGAUUCACAAACGCAACACGUUACGUCAAUAAGAAUUGGGGUAUUAAUUUAAUUGCCGAAGUUCCACCAAAGGAAUGUACUGAACGUGUUGUUUGUUGUGACGGUGGCGAUCCAAAUUUGGGUCAUCCAAAGGUGUACAUCAAUUUGGAUAAGCCUGGAGCUCAUGCUUGCGGCUAUUGUGGUCUUCGAUUCGUUUUGAAAGCAGGUCAUCACUAGAGUGAAAUCAAUAUAAAUCAGUGAAUGCGGCUUGUUUGUCUACUAGAAAUUAAAACCAAAUUGAAUCACUAGUUUAUUACUCUGUGAAAAAAGGCGAAAAUAAACGAAAGUUUAGAAUUUAUUUGGAAAAAAA